AUGCAAACAGAUGUGUUUCCUGAUGCUGUCAUUCUGAUUAUCACACCAGAAGAAUUGAGCAAUAUAAAUUCUCUGAAGAACACUAUGGAUGACGUCAAUAAUGCUCUAAAAUGGAUGAAAACAAUUUUUUAUGGUACUGAAAUGCCUGUUAUAUGUGUACUCAACAAAAUUGAUGAAUACUUCAAUAAUGAAUUGCCGAAUUCGGAAGCUGAUGUAAAAAAACUCGAAGAAUACACUAGAAACGCUUUGAAGUUAGUAAAUAAAUACUUAAUUAUUCCAACUGUUAAAUGUAUUCCUGUAUCUGCUAUGAAAAAUUAUGGCAUCGAUCAACUUCGACUGAGUAUUAAUGCUACAUCACCACUAAAUGCACAAAUUGUUGACAAAAAUCUUGAUUAUAUUAGUCAACAUCGACUAUCAAUUGCCAAUAAAAUUAUUGCUGCUUUUUCUACAGCUUCUGCAGCAGUUUCUUAG